CCCUGUUUCGCAGUGUGUGCCUUACGAAAGUUGACAUGAGAUAACUUGAAAUUGAGUUAAUGAACACGAUAACUUAUCUUUGCUUAAGCGCACGAAACAGUUAAGAUGAUUACCCGUGGUAAAGACUUUUUCGUGCGGAUUUCCUUCUACUGGAAGCCUCUUUUUAAAGGGAAAUUCCUGUUUGUGACCAACACACUAAGUGGAGGAUGCAUGCUUGCACUUGGAGACUGCAUUCAACAAAGUCGGGAAAAGCGAAGGUCACCUGAUAAAAUUCGAGACUGGUAUCGCACAGCCCGCAUGUUUGCCGUGGGGAGUUCCAUGGGGCCAUUUCUUCAUUUCUGGUAUAUUUGGCUCGACAAAGUCUAUGUUGGGACAGCUGUCAAGACUGUUGCAAAGAAGGUUUUAGUUGAUCAACUUGUUGCAUCGCCAAUUCUUGGUGGAUGGUACUUCCUAGGCAUGAGUGCUCUGGAAGGCCAUGGGCUGAUGAAAGGCUGGACGGAAUUCAUGGACAAGUUUGUGGAGUUCUACAAGGCUGAUUGGUGCGUCUGGCCUACUGCACAGAUGAUCAACUUCUACUUCCUGGCACCGAAGUUCCGUGUUGUUUAUGUCAACACAGUGACUCUGGGAUGGGACACGUAUCUCUCCUACCUAAAGCACAGAGAGACGGCUAAGGAAGACGAGGGGAGCGCGGACGGGCCGUCUACAGAUCGAGGACUGGCAGCUGAGGCAGAGCAGCUGAAGGACAAACUCUAGUGACCAAACGCUGCACUGUCAAAGUACUCAAAAGAUCCGAGCAUAAUGGUGGUGGCAGCAGCAGUGCCACUGGUGGCCCGGACUGUGCAGGCCAGAUGGUCUCCAUGUCCCUGUGCUGCCUAUCAGGGUCUCCAGAUGCCCUACGGUACGCAGCCGUCUGGGAUUUCCUGGGUCCCUCCUUUGCUGCCUUUUGGGCUCUCCCAAAAACCACAAUAGGGGCAUAAUGCACCUCGCCCAGGACUAUCAUUCAUGUUUGUAUUAUGAGCCCUGUUUUGGAGCGAAUCCAAACGCCAUCUAUCAUUCAGAUAACAAAAUAGCUGCUGCUUUUUUUGCCAGCACUUUAUGUAGUACAUUAUUUUGCUAUGUAGUAUUUUUAGAGAAAGACUGACACUGUAUGGUUGUUUUCACUGGGGCGGAU